AAUACAAAAUAAAAAGAACUAAAACCCCGCGCCUUGACAACUAUUAUCUCCCACUUGCACAAAAUAACACUUCAACAAAAUAACAGCUGAUCUUUUCUUCGACCAUCUCUCCUCAAAACAUCAUCUCCUUGCAUUUACCCCUUCUUCACUCUUUUUCUUCCUUCCUUCCAUGGAAGAGGCCCCAAUUUCAAUCUUGCCGAGUCUUUGACCCUAUUCCCUGCCGAAGGGUCUCCGGCGAUCCCUGGGCAAGGAAUUGAAUUCAUCAUUCUCCUCCUCUUUUCCUUCCUUGUUCAGGAUCCAGACCCUUGAUUCCCCAAAACCCAAAGCUUGCUUCUUUCUUUUUCUUCUUCGAGAUUCUGAUUCUGAAUCAACAAGUUUUGGAUAUCCCAGACUCUCCCCCAGUUUCCCAAUCCAAUAUCGAAAACCUAGAUCAGAACUCUCUCAUUUCCCGUUGGAAACUGCCCCAAUCAAACACCCGAGGCAUUUUGUCGACCACCAUGUCGUCCCUGCACGUCUUCCUUCGGGAACCGCCGGAGGCAGCCAUGGUUCUCACGACUAAGCUUUGCCGCUUCAGUGGUGCCAAGAUCUACCCUGGUAGGGGCAUCAGAUUCAUCCACUCCGAUUCUCAGGUUUCCCUGUUCAUAAAUUCCAAGUGCAAGAGGUACUUUAACAACCGCCUCAAGCCAUCCAAAAUCACAUGGACUGCCAUGUUCAGAAAGCAGCACAAGAAGGUAGUGCAGCUGCUUAUUUAGAGACGGGCAUAUUUUCACCAUGGCGUUAUUCUAUUCUUUUGAUUUCUUCUGUUCUUAUCAUCACAUGGCUCAACUUAAGCAAUGAUGUUUAUGAUUUCGAUACAGGAGCAGAUAAAAACAAGGUAGAAUCUGUUGUAAAUCUGGUUGGCAGUCUUGCAGUAGAAUCUCAGCCAAAACAGUUUUUGUUACAUCUUUUGGAUUGGCUGGGUUAUAGUUUGAAAAAGGGUGAGAGCAGUUGUCAGUUUCUGAUCAUCUGUGGAGGAAUUUGGUUUGUAGUUUUCAAUCGAUUUGAUUUGCAGAGGGAGCUAGAUUCGUCAGUUUUGUUCUGCUGGAGAAGAAGAAAAAUUUGGGUUGUGCAUAUUGAAGGGAGAGAGGUUUGAAGUGGAAGCAAAGAAAAGAGCAUGCUUACAACCCAAAUGAGGAGUAUACAGAUGUGGAAUCCACAUUGCGUUCGCAUUUGGAAUCUUUUCUAGAAACUGCAAGAUCAUUCAAUAUGAUUUACACCAAGG